GGUCACCUUGGUUACUUGUUUAUAGAAAUUAUCAUUUUCAAUUUAGAAAUGGAUAGACAAGCUUCUGCUUUGGUGCUUUUAAUUGGCUUCUAUUUAAAUUGUUUUGUGACUGGCAAAGGAUACAGGUCAGCAAGCUUGGCAGACGACAAGGAGAUUGUAUCAGAUGAUUCGAACACAUUAUCAAGACAUCAGAGGGAUGUAGAUGUCCCACUAGAAUAUCAGGGUGUAUGUGGAAUUCCUCCCGUUCAGAUUGAUAUGAGAUUUUUCCGGUGUGAUGAUGCAGAAAUUGUUGCCAAAAGCACAUCCGCGACCACAACAAGUACACCGAAACCUAAUGACAUUUGCAGUGGCCUUCUGAUCUGCAACGGAAUACCAUACUGUGGUGCUGACCAAGGAUACCGCUGUUGCGGGUUCGAGCUGUACAACCCAGAAUUCCAGACUUGUUGUCAAAACACCAGUGCCAAAUACAAAGUAUAUGAUGACAUGCCUGAAAAGAGUCACGUAUGCUGUGUAUUGGAUGCAUACAAACGAAGUUCCUCCGAUAUACCUUGUGAACAUGCCUCUUCGAACGACAGAUUGUUUAGGAAGUGGAAAAAGCUUGUGAGUGACCAAGCCCUUUGCACAAUGAACGAACGUGAAACUCGGCAAGUUUACAAGAUUGAUAUUGACGUCCAAGAAAGCAAGGGCGAUCGGCGUUACCUCGAAGCUAAAGUUUCAAUGUGGACGUGGACACCAUCAUCAAGAUCUGAAAAUGGAACAGACUUGAGAAGUCCUCCAACAAAGAAAGGCUACAUGGAAAUACGAUUGGACAAGUACAGUCCACGGAAGAAGAAUUUGACCGGAAGAAGUUUCUUUACAAUAACAGAGAAAAACUACUUAGAAAAAGCAAUUUUCUUUCUUAAUCCCAACGACAACCUGUAUAAGUGGCCAAAAAAUGUAAAGAAGAUUUCAAAUUUGUUACAGAAAAUACAGCGCCAGUGUAGUCAGAAGAAUGAACAGAUAGCCAAAUAAUCUGGCCGCAUUUCCAAGAUAAAAUGUUACCAAAAAGUUCGGCCAAGGAAAGUCAGUUCUAUACUUCUGAAAAAUACUUAACUUUCUGACUAGUUGAAAAGUUUGAAAAUGUAAAAUUAUUAUUUCGGGUGAUAACACUAAAUUAAAUCUACAGAUUUAUCGAUUACAUUGUAAUUUAGAUACUAGCAUACGAUUAAAGUAACUUAAAACAGACUUUCCGCAGACUAGCGAGUACCCUGAUUCCGGCGAAAAAAAAACAACAACAAACAAACAAACAAACAAAAAACAGGACAUCGAAAUGUUUCAGGUACAGUGGGCACCGGAAGUGGAGAAUCACACUAGAUAUACAUACACGUAUUUCAUUGCGGCUGGUGCUGAAAAGGAAAAAAAUAAGGCAGGAAAAGUGGUAGGAUGGAUGUGUACAAAGACAGAAAUGAGAAAGUGAUCGUAACGGGCCGAGAAGGCUAUAAAGCAACUGUUACGGUAGUAAAAUAAAAUGAGCCUUCCAAUGGGAAAACCAACAUAGUGCGUUUGCGACCAGUAUGGAUCCAGACCAGCCCGCGCAUCUGCACAGUCUGGUCAGGAUCCAUGCUGUUCGCUUUCAAAGCCCAUUGCAAUUGGAGAAACUGUUGGCGAACAGUAUGGAUCCUGACCAGACAGUGCGGAUGCGUAGGCUGGUCUGGAUCCAUGAUGGUCGCAAACAAAUUGUGUUGGUUUUCUCAUGGCAUGGCUCAAAUGAUAAUGACUCUUCAUUUCUUUCCCCUUUUUCUAAAACUUGCAUUGUUAGAAAACAUUUCAUGCGCGCAUACGCACAUUAUCUAUAAACUUUAAUAUUCAUUAAUAUACAUUAACUGUAACGAUACCGACACCGAGAAACUAAUUUUAUUUUUAAUAUUGUGUUCUUUUGUAUUUACAUUAUAGUUUCAUGUCUGAUUAAAUUAUUAUGAAAUUCUUUUGUGUGUGUGUUGAGCCGUUUUAAAGGCUCAUAAUGCCUUUGGUGGCCACAUUUUCCGUUAUGAACAUAAAAUACAUUAAUUUUUUGUUAAAUCCUAUUUCUGAUUAUUAAUUUCAUUAACAUUUGUCAAAGGUUUGAAUAUUGCUGAAUAUAUUAGAAUGUUUUA